AUGGCUGAUCCGAGAUUGACUCGCAUUGACGGUACUCUGACCACGCUGUUCGAGAGCCUCAUCCCACCUCUAAGUCCGGAACAGGACGAUACCGACACCGAGUUCCAAAUCGAAAGAGCUAUCCAGAAUGCCAAAGCAUUGGUGCACAAUGGGAACGCUCGUCUCCCUCCAGACACAAAUCAAGCCUCCGACUUGAUCAAGAGAAAGUUGCUACGUGAAAAUGCUUCUCCAGAAAAGGCUGCAAGGUUCAGCAACCUCUAUUCAAGGCUGCUAGCCAUACCGGUUCUUAAUCAAAAAUGGGCAAUCCUCUAUCUGCUUUACAAACUGUCAGAUCAUACAACCCUGGACGUACACGAGCGCUCUCCAAUUGCAGAGUCGGAUGAAGUCAGAAACGUACCACGCCGGCAUACCCUCUCCUCUGAGCCGCCUUUUCCUUCCCAAGAAGAUCAACGCCAAAGGUCAGAGCCUGCAACGCCUCUUCCAUUGCCGAGAAGAGAUGGCAACCCGAAGCCAAAUGCUAAACAACACGCCAAGGACGAGAAUGAAGACAUCCAGAGACAGCAACAGCAACAGCAGACAACGCCCAGCAAAACAAGAAUAACAUCGCAACCUCUGACUGCCAACAAGCCACCACAAAUCAUCUCGCCCUCCGAAGUCGAAUUGCUACGGGAUCUCCCUUUCAACCUACAGGGGGUCUCAUCCGCUCAUCUAGAAUUUGUCAGUGCGACUUCAUUGAGUCUUCCGGCAACCUUGCCGAUUCCCAUACUAUCUCUGCUUCAUGCAUUGGCAGAGCCGUGUCUCUUGUAUCGUGGCCUCGCCGAGUACGCGGGGGGACGAGACGGAGGCCUUAUCGACCAGAGUCUUCGCUCUGCAAUCAACAAUGAGUUGAGAUCAUAUCUGAGUCUGGUUGCUUCUUUAGAAACGGAGAUAAGACAAGCCCUGGCUACUAUCGACAGUGGAAAGGACCGUAUAACCAUUCAAAAAACCGGUGUAACCUUAAAGCGGUGCCUCAUAUGGACUCGGGAUGCGACCAUGGGUUUAAGAUUGAUGAAAUUGAUUGUGGAGGAAUCUAAAAUCAAGCGUGGAGGUCAACUGAUCUCCCUUAUACAUUCUUUGUCUUCGUCCCACGGAGACCCGUUCGUGGCAUCUUUCGCAGAAAGGCUUCUCUCCAACGUCGCCCGGCCCUUUUACGAGAUGUUGAAGCAUUGGAUUUAUGAUGGAGAGUUGAUCGACCCUUACCAUGAGUUCUUCAUUACCGAACCAGAUCCAAAUUCCCAGCCACUAGUAGAUCAUCGGCAUAUUGCCACAUCGGUGUGGGAGGAGAAGUAUAAGCUUGAGUCAGCUAUGGUUCCCUCCAUCAUCUCAUCUGAUUUUGCAAGAAAGGUCUUUCUGAUUGGGAAAUCACUGAAUUUCAUCCGACAUAACUGUGGUGAUUCUGAUUGGGUCAUCCAGUAUUCAAAGUCGAACUCGAAAUCUCUAGAUGAUACAAACACCGCCAAUCUGUCGCUCUCCAUUGAUGUGGCUUACCGGACCACAAUGUCGCGAUUGACCAGUUUGAUGUCAACAAAAUUCGGCUUGUUCACGCAUCUGACGGCCAUUAGGAAGUACAUGUUAUUUGCCCAGGGCGACUUCUUCGAAUUGCUCAUCGAGUCGUUGGCUCAACAUCUAGACCGUCCUGUCAAUUCCAUGUAUCGACAUAAUCUCACUUCACAGCUUGAACAUGCCAUUCGACAUUCCAAUGCUCAGUAUGAUGACUCUGAGGUUCUCAGGCGACUCGAUGCUCGCAUGCUUGAAUUGUCCAGUGGGGAGAUCGGUUGGGAUUGCUUUACGCUAGAGUACAAAAUUAGUGCACCUUGUGAUGUGGUCAUCACACAAUGGGCCAAUACUCAGUAUUUGAAGAUAUUCAACUUACUGUGGAGGAUUAAAAGAGUCGAGUUCUCUCUGAGUUCAACCUGCAAGCGAUGCAUGACAGGCGAUCGAGGUGUACUUGCUGCUGUUAGUGACAAGCUGGGCAACGACUGGAAACGUUCGAGGUGUGUAAUUGCUGAGAUGGUACAUUUUGUCAACCAGCUUCAAUACUAUCUCUUGUUUGAGGUAGUCGAAGCUAGCUGGGAAAAGCUUGAGGAGGCUAUCAAGAAGCCGGAAGCCACCCUCGACGACUUGAUCGAGGCGCACACCACCUACCUGAACAAUAUCACGAAAAAGGGACUGAUUGGCCAACAACGACAUCCAGUGACAGGUCUACAGGAAGACAGCCUCGUUGUGCAGGUGCAUCAUAUCCUCAAAUGUAUGCUCAAUUAUCGCGAGGUCAUUGAUUCUCUAUACUCGUACAGUGUUGCUGAGUAUACUCGACGCCAGCAGUUCAGUGCCAAAAUCGAGCAACGGACGGCGCAGGGACGUUGGGGUAUUACGGAGAAAGAUCUCGCCGGAGAUUCUCGGGCUAGCACACCCAGUUCAACGACAGCAACCAAAGCGCUGAAGUCAGGACCCCUUCUUCCCGAAGCAAAUGACUCCCCUUCAGCCCAACCGAUCCUGUCUCUCGGUCUGGGAGAUGACGAAUCACAUCUCAACUCACUACGCUCACGGCAGAUCAAUCUCUCGGCGGAAUUCCGAUCUCGCCUCAGCAUGCUCCUGUACGACUUGGCCCACCAGCCAGAUGUCGACCUGCGAUUUUUAGGCGUAGUCAUGAACUUCAACGAGGUAUACCAGCCCGUAAAUGUGAGGAGGCACCAAGCAAGGCGUGCUCGGGAGAAGCGCGAGCAUGAGAGGAAAGCUCGUGAGGCAACGGUCCCUUCGUCCGAGGCGAACACGUCAAUGGAGAGAGACCUAAAUAGCUCCACGACCAAAGCAUGA